GAAAGUUAAAGUAAAUAUGCGUCGAACCCAGUAACACAAUAUGUGUACACUUAAUAAUAAGAUAAGAAUAUAGUUGUUUAUUUCAUUUCAGUUGUUGGAUUUCGUUAAAUGUAAUGAUAAAAUAAGGUUGAAGAUCAUUAGAUUUCUGUUUGGUAGUCUUUUUUUUGUUUUCGCUUUUCUUUUCUUUUUUUCUCUUUUGCAUUCUUUCGUCUUACUUCUUUAUUCCCGUAAACAACUGCCAGGGAAAUUCACCCUCGUGCUUCCUGUGGGCGGAGUUGUAAAGUCAUCUAAAGACUCCAACCUCAUCGCUGCGGUUCAGACGUGCUUCUGGUGUGACUCCAAAUCUGAACGAGUUUUAAACUCUUCUUUAGGAAUACGUUUAGUUUUUACAGGUGUUUUUCAUCUCUCGGUCUUGGAUUCCAAGAUGCUCAAAGUGUCCCUCGUGUUGGUUUUAUUGGCUGCUGCUGCCUUUGCUGAGUCGGCAAGAGAGACAGAAACAUGGAUGCCUCCAAAUGUUGGGAAAUCAGAUGAUGACCCCGACUCCUCUGGUGAUUUCAUUUUUAGCAAAGAAAAUGUUGCAAGAUUUGAUGAUGAGGACAUUUACGGUGACGAAUAUGAAGAAAACUCAGGCUCUGGUGAUGACAAUCUGUCACCAGAUGAAAAAGGAUUAGCAACCACUAAGACUGAAGAGUUUGAUAAUCACAUCCCACACAUGGAGAAUCCGAUUCAGCCUCAGCCAACAGAUAAUGAGAUACGUCUGGUGAGACAGAAUGAAGUUGCUCACCCUCCCAGUGUCCAUCUCUCUCACGCAGGAGAACAGAACAUUUUUAACAAGACAGAAGUGCUGGCCGCUGUUAUUGCUGGUGGUGCCGUUGGGCUGCUUUUUGCUGUGCUUCUCAUCCUCCUCCUCAUCUAUCGAAUGAAGAAAAAGGACGAAGGCAGCUACGAUUUGGGAAAGAAACCCAUUUAUAAAAAAGCUCCCACCACUGAGAUCUACGCAUGAACACACCCUCUCGAGCUAAAUCAUAUGAACUGUGAACUCGCAGUGCUUCUGACGCACUGCUAGGCUCCAUCUCUCUGUCCACCUCGAGAAACCGCAAACCAGCAUCUCAAAUGAAACCAUGAUUACUCUCACUAUAUAUUCGAUUUUUACCUUUAUCAGGAGAGAAGGUGCUUUGUUGCAGCUUGCACUGUAUAAGUCCUGACAUUUUCUGUAUUGUCUGGUUUCCCAUUGUUUUGUUCAAAGUAACUAGCCAUUGUGUUCCUUUUCUUUACUUCACUGUUUUGUAACACUAAAAAGGUACAGAUGGGGCCCAUUUGCAGCUAAAACUAUAUGGAUUCAGAGUCUGUACAAAACUUUGAAACCAUCAACACUGACUAUUUGCACACAUCUGCGUCAUUUAGCAGAAGUACAUGCUGUGGGAAAUGUUACUGUAGCAUGUGCGUUUUUAAGUAAACUGUCCUGGUAAAAUUGUCCAAUCAUAGUGGAAAUUGGUGUAAAUUGAUACACGAGAAUGCUGUUGAGCUUCUGACAAACUGACAUUGGGGCAUUAACAUUUAAUAUAGAUUUAUUUUUAACAUGGCACAUUCUUACACGUUCUUACAUUCCAUAGGCCUGUAGUAGUUAUCAAUAAUCAGGUUUCAAACAAAUGUUUGUUAAGUAGCCCGGUCAUAGAGUUUAGCUGCUCCUCUUAUUCUCAGUUGAAAGGUACGCAACCUUUUUUGCAGAAAACCAGAAAAAAGGACACUGCCAUUUUCUCAUAUCCAGGGGUCUGUAAAUAGCCGUUGAAAAUGUACACCCGGUACUUCUAUUUACCAAAUAUUUAAAUGCCAAAAUGAUUCUCUUCUUGUUUUGUCCUGGUAUUAAACAUAGGGUCAGUGACUAACUGUUUUUAUAUUGCCUCUUUACCAGGGCAAAAUGAGAGUUUAAAAUCGAUGACCAAUGCUUAUACUAACUUUUGUUUUGUUUCUCAGUGUUUUUUUUUUUUUUAGUCUUUUUAUUUUCUGUCUCUUUUCAUUGUUUUCUGAAAUACUUUUUUGUUUUGUUAUUAUAUUGUGUUAAUUUAACUUUUGAAUAGACUAUUAUAUUGCCUUCCUUCAGGUCGGGGGUUUCUCCCCAUCUAAGCUGUACAUGUGAUUUAGAAAAAGAAAUCUAUACACUAGUCGAAGAUUUUUCAGAGUUUUGAUGCAUUUUUAUAUUGUAAGAGUUUUAUUUCUUUUAGUUUUUUCAAGUGAUAUAUAUUUAUAUUUUGUAGAAGGAUGCUCUUACUAGUUACAAGAUGAAUGAAUGAGCCAUGUUAUUUACAUGGGGUGAAAGCAAGACCAGAAAGUAAGAAAAUUUGCUGCUUUUUUCCCUUCAACACAUGAAGUGAAAUCAUCAGUUUAGUAAGGAAAACAGUGGAUUGUUGGUUUCUUCAUGCAGGUUUCAAUCUGAUCAGAAAUAAAGCUAUUUUUGUGCACAUUA